AUGAAUGUUGAUGGCGACUUUGAGGGUGAGGAGGAGGUGUUUGAUGAUGGUGCUGCUCGGGAAGAAGUGGCAACAGCACUGCUGAUGCUGAUGCAGAAUGAUGCGGAAGAGCGCACGGUGUCGCCCCUCAGCACUGCAAGCGCCGAGUGCAACGAAGCUUUGCGCACUGGGAACGAUUUCAUUAACAAGGAGUACUUUGGCGGACCUCUUCGCAUGACAUCCCUCCUUGAGGGCGACAACGCUGGUGACGAUGACGAUGACGACGACGACGACGACGACGACGAUGAUGAUGAUGAUGGUGGUGAUGAUGUUCAAGACACACCACUCUCUCCAUCAUUGUCGCUCCUGUGUGAGGAAGAGGUGCCGCCAACGCCAGUGAACGUCUCAUCUCCGCGCCUUCCACCGUCUUCGCCCGCCGUGUCACAGGAGGUGCAUGGGACAGCCGUGGCACUUCCGGACACAAGCGGCUCGCAGCCAAGACCACCGCCGCUGCCACUGCCAGCGAGUCUAAUGCACCCACGUGCUCCAGUGCCGGCUUCAGCUGCCCCUCCUCUCCCGAUCCCUAUUCAAUUCCAACCACACCUGUCGCGACUGCUUAGCAGCCCGCCACCAAAGCGCCCUCGACAACAACAGCAGCAGCAGCAGCAGCAGCAACAGCGAAACGAUGCGCCGCCGAUCGACCUUGUUGCCAACGAGCACUAUUGCUCGACUGCUCUUCUGCCACAAGUGGCCGAGGUCGUUGACACACUCAUCCCACAACCACCAGCAACCGCCACCAAGUCGCAGCAGUCAAAGCCAUGCGGAAUACGCCAGUGCAAGUGUGCUGCUGGCAAGGCUGGCAAGUGCUGGAAGACCUUUGGCGCGGGCACACUUGAGAGUCUCCGAUGCCAGGUGUUCGAACUCAGCCAGCAUGACCGCCGUCGCAUGGUGCAGUCCAUCGUCUCCACGAGCCUGAAGGUGCCGCCAUGGCAGGUUGGCAAUGGGCGGGAUGAUGCUCCGUGCGAGGACGGGUGGCAAGAGCACGUGCCGGACCGGAGCAGACUCACUAUCGACUACCGCGUCCUGGGCGUGCCGCUGUGCAGAGAAGGCUUCCGGAACGUGCUUGGGAUUGGAGGUCGAGUCAUCAAGGAGGCAACCCGAGACGUAAAGGCGGGUGUCAUUGUGCCGCGGCCAUCGCUUCACGGACAACAUCUCAAGGGUCGUGGGGUGUUCACUGCCCAACGCGUUGUUCACUUCAUCAAGUGGGUGGCCUCGAUGCACGGGCUGCCGAAUCCUGCGGGACGCGGGGCCAAAGUACUGCUGCCCAUCUCCUUGUCGAGGGCACAACUCCACAAACGCUACCAGUCCGCCACGGGUGAUCAGACGUCGCUGGCCACGUUCAAGCGCGUGUGGGCAAAAUAUCUCAAGCACAUCGGACACGCCAAGACCCGCACGGAUGUGUGUGACACGUGCUCGAAGCUGAAGAGCGGCAAGAUGUGGGAGUUCCUUAUUCAGCACCUGAAGAUGGCAAAGGCCGAGCGCAAGUUUAUGAACGAUUGGACUGAGUUUGGUGGGAAGGCAGAUCACCACGUCAUCAGCUUCGACAUGGCAGGCACAACUCGCCUCCCUCACUUCCUGGAGCAAAGAAAGGCAAGCUGGGGUGAUGCGUUCUAUUACGAGAGCGGUUUGAAGGUGGAGGCGUUUGGUGUGACAGACCUGGCGCGGCGCACCCAAAUGAAUUACGUCUGGCACGAGCAAGACUCGCCGAAGGUUCGCGGCGCCAACCUCAUUGUGUCCCUCGUCUAUCACCGCCUGACAUCGAUUGGCAGGCGUGACGUCCUCUACGCGAUGGCCGACAACUGCGGCGCACAAAACAAGAACUGGACGUUCUUGUUCUUCUUCGCUUCAUACGCGCACGUGUUCAAGUGCUCGGUGUACUAUCAUUUUCUCCUUCAGGGCCACACGAAGGGCCUGCACGAUGCCUUCUUUGGCCUCGUCAAGCGAAAGCUCAAGACGGAGGACGUGUUCACGCCUACACAGUUUAUGGACAUCGUCGAGCGCUCUUCUGUGGCCAACGCCGUGACCAACGCGGCAUCAGUCCCCAUCUACAACCACACCGCACGCCUUGGCCUCCUCUUUUGUCAGCAGAAGCAGCUCAAACCAACCAAGUACAAGCACUUCUUCUUCGACAAGGACAGACUGGGUGUUGUUCGCUACCGCGCAUCAACUUCAGACGAAUGGGCGGAAGUGAAUCUGCUUCGGCCUGGCGUUGGGCCAGAGCACAUACACGCGGGCAUCUUCACUGAUGGUGAGCGUGUUCCCACCAUCACCCUCUCCGCCAAGCGUCACGAGCAGCUGCGAACAUCAAGAGACUUCUUUCACGGCGUGAGCAUCUAA